AGACCGCAAUCGCCACCGCAUCCGGAGCUCAGCGCCGAUACCACCGAUAAUAGCGAUUGUAUUGAUGAUCGUAAGGACGAGACAUCCGUCACGACAACCGACGCCUCUUCAGUAGCUCCUGAAGACGGCCAACAGAUGAACAAAACGCUAAACUUUGGCAAAAAGCGACUCUUCGGCCGCCAGAAGACCACAUCCGCCGGCGAUUACAAGGGCUCUAAUGGCGACAUACAGGCCGUCAACAACGGCGGCGCCGGCGGCUCAAUGUCUUCCCACACCCGAAAGUCGCAGUCAUCGGCGGUGUCGUCGCACAAGUGGCCGCAGAUCAUCACCAGUAGUAGCAGUAAUGUGUUGUCGUCCACCGCCAGCAGUCAUAGCAUCAGUGGUAACAGUAAUGGCAUGAAUGGCAACAAUAAGGCAACGAAUGGCGUGAAUGGCGGCGCAUCCGAAGACCGAUUCCUCGGCGAAGGCAUUCAAUUUGGUGCCAAACUCAUUGGACACGAGUUUGUGGCCGAAGCCAGAGGUGAACACAUGUGCCAACAGAGCCUCAAGAAGUUGAAGAUACUCCAGAGGGGACUGGGAGGUCAUAAACGCAAAAUACAUUUAUUCAUAUCAUUUGAUGGCAUUAAGAUAAGGGACGCGCAGACAUCGGAACUCAUAUACCAUCACUCAGUGCCACAGAUAUCGUUCAUCAGUCGCGAUGAGACCGACUCCCGGGCUUUCGGCUACGUCUUCGGCUCCAGUAGUACUGGACAUCAGUUUAUUGCACUCAAGACUCAAAAGGAAGCGCUGCCUAUAAUGUCAGCGAUCGGACAGUUAUUUACGGCUACACUGAGACGUAAGCGGCUGGAGAGCAUCGGUAACAGCGACGGCACCAGUAGUCACACGAUGUCCGCACUCUCGGGCGCCAUAAACGAUGACAAAACCCUUCGCCGCGAGUCCAGCGUUACGCUGCGGCCGUCGCGUUCAGAGUCACCAAACGUGCCAUCAAUGCCGGCGCCGCCACCGCCGCUACACUCCAACAGCAGCACCGGCUCAGCUACCGGUGCCGUCACAGCGAAUGAUUUGGACAUUUUCUCGUCGUUUGAACCGACGGACAACGUGUUUGUGUCCGACUAUGGCAUCAGUAAAGCGAGACUCGAAAAAAUGCCGGGGACGAGUGAAUCCACUGGUGGUAUAGAUGGAGAUCCUUUCGCUCAGUCAUUCGGAUCAAUGUCUCUCUCAUCCAACGAAUGGGCAAACUUUGACGACAGCCCCACAUCGGCCACGGGUUCGCCCCUACAGCAAAAGUCACACCAACACCACAGCUCCGGUAUUAGUGCUAAUAAGCCGUUCGUAAUAACGUUACAAAACGCCGGCCACUUUGCGCCCAACGCACAGCAACUAUCGUCCAGUAGUUCCAGUAGUUAUAACACCAGUUCCUCUUCAACGGCACUCCAAUCACUGUUCAAUAGCUCCGGACAUCACAAUCUAAAUCAGCUAAACAACUCUUCGCAGAUGAACAACAUGUCACCGAUGGUUAACCACAGCGACACUGAGUCAAUACCCUCCCGGCCUAACAGCGGGAUACAGACCUUCAACAUCCCGCCGCCCAAUCCGGCCAAUCAAUCGCUCGGCUCUAUCAGCAGCACGUCGUCCACCGAUCGGUACUUAUAUUUGUCG